CUUACUGUCACUUCACAAUGAUCACACACUCGUAAUAAAACGUGUUGAAUGUUGAGUUAGUAAUUAAUUAUUUUGAGGUAUACGCCUUUAAAUUAGAAAAUUGAUUUGAUUAAACUUAGUUUGGAUUACUGCUUGCAACUUGUCGUAAAUUUAAAUAAUUUAUACAUCCUAAUAAUGGAUAGCAAGUACCGUCGGAAUGGUCGCCUCAUAGAUAUAGUAGAUGAGGAAUGGAAAGCAGAACAAUUGCCUGACGAGGACAUUCAGGUUCCUCUAGAAGAACUACCUGACCCUGAGGCUGACAGUGCAGACUCUCAUCUCACUCUCAAAGAACAGAGUAUGCGGUGGCAGGAGAACUUCCCAGAACCCGCUAGCAGUAAUCAAAACUAGGAACACAUAAAUAUAAGAGACCAACUCUCAAAAUAUCUAAAUGGAAGUGUCAAAUUAUUAACAACAAGGUGUAUUAUUAAAGAGACUGAAAAGAUUUCCAAAAAGACACAAGGAGCUCUAACUAUUUUAAAACAGUUUGGCAU